ACUUUGUCUGAAUUUCAUGGUGUUCAACCUACAUCACAUCGAUUAAUCGCUUCAUUUCGGCCUUUUCCGUAACUAUUCGGAUUCCAUGCUUUCACAGCUUUCCGGAGUUCGGCGGAUAGAACCGCAAAGUAACGAUUGUUGUGUUUGUUGACCUAGAAAAAAAGAUAAAUAACAACAACUACAUUCAUUUUAGGAAAGGAAUGUGUACACGAUGUGAUAUUCAGGCGAGGUAUUGACAUGUUUUAACGAGAUAAUGACCGGCCGCUGAUGUUUUAUAAUGGAGGAUGAAGAAGAUGAUAAUGUCUUUGAAGAAAAACCUUGUGUUAGCAGGUUGUCACGUAAGGUUGGAGAGAAGUUACGACGUGACCGUUUAAACAGUUUGAUCACCCAGCUAGCCGAGGAGAUCCCAAUUAUCAAAUACGCUCAUCGUCGGCUCGACAAGUCGGCUAUACUUCGUCUCACAGUCAGCUACAUGAAACUGCAUCUAGGCUUAAAGAGAAAGACACUUGGACAUAAUGUGAGUCUCCACCCAAACCGAUUGAUGCAUUGGCUUAAAAAGGUGACUGAUGAUACAUUAUUGAUUAUAACAGAGACGGGGGCUAUAGUAUAUGUAUCCCCUAAAAUCUUCGACAUCCUUGGUUUCUAUCAGACUGACAUGGUGGGGUAUAACAUCAAGCGUUUCAUUCAUCCAGAUGACAUCAACAUGUUUAUGAGCCAGUUUUUUGCCCCUACAGAUGUAUCAUUACAAUCAGCAUUCUCUAGAAUCCCACAAGAUAAUAUAUCUACAAAACUAGAUCAUAAUCAAGUGAUAAAUUCAGCAUCGAAUUCCUUCUGUGUACGAAUGGUGCGGGCAUCAAGACGUAAACAGAUUGGGGAAAAAGUCAAAGAAUAUGAAACUGUAUGUGUGAAAGCUCACUGUGAUAAUAGCAUUACAUUAGAUGAUGGUCAAAGUUCAGUUGAUGAAAGAUGGAUGGUGGCACUGUUAAAGCCCUUCAGCUCUGAGCCAAUCAGGGAAGUGGAGGUGAAAAUUUCAGAGUUUAUGAAAAAUAAUGAAUGGGCAACCAUGCAUGACUUAGAUGGAAGAAUCACUGCAAGUGACCAAAG